UGUGUGUCAGUGUCAGAGCGGCGCAGAUGUGACGUCACGUGUCGCGUGUAGAGUGAUUGGCGCCGGUGUCGCUUCGCCUGGUGGUGUCGGGCGGGAGAAUUUCGGGUGAGUAUACGGUCCAGGAUGAGUCUGUUUGGCACCACAGCUGGUUUUGGCACCGGAGGGACCAGUAUGUUUGGCAGCACCACCACUGAUAACCACAACCCUAUGAAGGACAUAGAGGUCAGCUCACCGCCGGACGACAGCAUCUCCUGCCUGUCCUUCAGCCCGCCAACCUUGCCAGGGAAUUUCCUCAUCGCCGGCUCCUGGGCAAACGAUGUGCGUUGCUGGGAGGUGCAGGAUAAUGGCCAGACCAUUCCAAAGGCCCAACAAAUGCACACGGGACCAGUGCUGGACGUCUGCUGGAGUGACGAUGGCAGUAAAGUCUUCACGGCCUCAUGUGACAAAACCGCCAAAAUGUGGGACCUGAACAGCAACCAGUCCAUACAGAUCGCACAGCAUGAUGCACCGCUGAAAAGCGUACACUGGAUCAAAGCGCCAAACUACAGCUGCAUAAUGACAGGUAGCUGGGACAAAACUCUUAAGUUUUGGGACACGCGCUCUGCCAAUCCUUUAAUGACACUCCAGCUUCCGGAACGAAGUUACUGCGCAGAUGUGGUGUAUCCCAUGGCCGUGUUAGCAACAGCUGAGAGGGGGUUAAUCGUAUACCAGUUGGAGAAUCAGCCGUCUGAAUUUCGGAGGAUUGAAUCCCCAUUAAAGCACCAGCACCGAUGUGUCGCCAUAUUUAAAGAUAAACAGAACAAGCCGACCGGAUUUGCCCUGGGCAGCAUAGAAGGUCGAGUUGCCAUCCAAUAUAUCAACCCCCCCAAUCCAGCCAAAGACAACUUCACAUUUAAAUGCCAUCGGUCCAACGGGACAAACACGGCUGCCCCCCAGGACAUCUAUGCUGUAAACGGCAUCGCCUUUCAUCCGGUACACGGCACGCUGGCCACCGUCGGCUCCGACGGACGCUUCAGCUUCUGGGACAAAGACGCCCGAACCAAACUAAAGACGUCAGAGCAGCUGGACCAGGCCAUCUCUGCUUGCUGCUUCAACCACAACGGAAACAUCUUCGCCUACGCCGCGAGCUACGACUGGUCCAAGGGCCACGAAUUCUACAACCCGCAAAAGAAAAACUAUAUCUUCCUGCGGAACGCCGCGGAAGAACUGAAGCCGCGGACUAAGAAAUAAUACAACUCCACCAUGGCGUUAUUUGAAGCCCGGUUCUGAAUACCAUCCUUUGGAGAGAUUAAAACUUAAAGGGGACAUUCAUAAAACG